AAAAGCUGUAAAUGUUGAUGUGGAUGUCAUGAAGUUAUUUUUAUUCUGAAGAAUACAUUUUUAUUUUUCUGUCAGGUGUGCUUAAUGCCAUAAAUACAUCUUUAUUCAGAAGAUCUUAUUCUGUGGCUAUCUCUGGGUUUGAGUAGUCAGAGAGAGAGGGAGAGAAAAGUAUGAGACUCUUGGGAUUGUGAAAUGGCCCAGGACACUACAGUGCCCAAACUGAACUUUGAAUAUUGGUUGGAUAAAGCUAUAAAAUGGGGUCAAGCCACCACACUGGAAUCCCAGAAGGAUGUGUGCUUUCACUUGCCCCAGCUCCAGGAGUUUCUGCAUCAGGUUUAUGAAACUUUAAAACACAUGGAUUCAGUUUUAGCAAUCCAGCAGUUCCCUUUAAUUGGCCAGCUUCUAGGAAGGCUUUGUUGGAAUCCUUUUGUUGUCGGAUAUGAUGAAAGCCAGAAGAUUCUGAUGUGGUGCUUAUGUUGUCUAUACAGCAGUGAACCACAGAACCCUGUGGAACUGAAGGCCAACAGCUGGAUACGGAGUUUACUGUGCCAUCUUCUUUCUUCUUCUAAAUGGGAAAGUAAUGAAGCUGAAACGAGUACAUUCAUAUCAACUCUUGGCUACACAUCAUCAGAUUAUUAUUGUCAGUUAAUUAAAAAUAUGGUCUUUUCGUUAGUAACAGAACUCGGAGAGAAUCAGUUCAAUGGACUUAACAUUCAGGGAAGAGUUUCAGCCAGUCGUGUGCAUGCCAUGUCCCUUAUCUGUCACCCUCUUGUUACUCUGCCUGAUCUAAUGCCAUUGCUGGAAACUCUCCUUCUUUACCAUGGAGGUGCAUCAAAAGAAAUUCUCAGUUCAGAGUUUCUGGAGGCUGUGAAUGAGGCCUUUUUAAAGAAGAAGAUCUCCCUCCCUGAACCAACUGUCUUCAGCCUCUGGCUUCGUCACUUACCAAGCCUUGAAAAAGCUACAUUGUGCCUUUUAGACCAGCUGGUUUCCAUUCAGAUGAAUUCACUGGAAGAAGUGGCUUGUGUCAUAAAAGACUCACUACUGCCCCAAGCAGCAAGCCAUCCUGCCAUUUUCAGAAUUGUUAACGAAAUUUUCAAGAAUGCACUGCUGGAAACUGAUGGAACUCCAGAAGUGAUGACCAUUAUACAGGUGUUUACACAGGUUUUCCUUCAGGAUCAUCAGAAUGAGAACAAGCAGCAUAAAUUUCCACUGAAGGCCUACUUCCCUUACCAUCACCAGCCUCUUGUAACAGCUUUACUGAGACGUCCUUUUGAAGUGCCAGCUACACACUGGUCUCAACACUUGAAACAUAUUUCAGAUAUGCUCAAAGCUUUAGUAGAAGAUAAAAACAUAAGUUCUCUUGCUGACCUUUUUGAAAUCUGGUUUUUGGUUGCUCAUUUUGGGGAAUGGCUGGAUAUUGCGGCAGAAGAAUUACUGAAGGGUGCUGUAGAACCGGAUGCUUUGCUGUGGCUGCUGGCAUUUUACUACUGUCCUCAGAAUGAAAAUCAACAAAGGACUCAAACAAUGGUAGAAGCUCAAGCAGUCUACAAUCAUCUAAUGAUGCUCUGCAGCUGUACAGUCCUCUCUGUCAAAGAUCUGGAGGCUGCUGUAUACAGUAUAAUGGAUACAGGGCAGUAUCAUAACCAGUAUCUUGUAACACAUCUUCUUACCAACUUUCUGCUUUUUUCUUCUGGUGGACAUAUGAUUGCCCAGGAAUGUAUUUACCAUAUUACUGAGACAACUGCUACAAGCAAAGAAGUGUGUAGCCUUCUUAUCCGUACUGCAUACAGAAUUAACCAUAACGGAGAAAAAAACCAAAGGGCCGUGAAGCUGCUGAAUGAACUUCUUCAAAAACUAACACUGAAAGUUUAGAUUUUUUCAUAUCAUCUAUUUAUCAAGCCAACAGAUUAGAUUUUUAUCCAGGUGUCAGACUUUCAUCAGUGUCUUGCACUGCAGGUUACUAAGGGCAGAAAUAUAUAUCUACGUAAGCAUACACCAAAUUCUUUCAUAUAUAUUUGAAAAUAAUACUUUGUUUGGAAAUAUUAAACUUUUAGAACGUAACUAAAUAUUAAAGAUGCUUGAAAAUUG